GUUGAAACAAACAUCAGGUAACAAACCAAAUGUUCAUUACAUCAGCAGUGCGCUUUUGACCCCAAGAGCGCCCCAUAAACCCAAGGCCGAAAAUGUUUCAGCCCUCCAGCUGCCAGGUCAAUCACAUCCCUGCUUAAUAUGUGCAUGAUGGGAAAGUUUUAGAAUCUUGGCCUGACUCCUGUUCUCUUUGCUAGCAACAUGCAGGCCGUGUCGCAGAACAUCUCCAGGAUGGUGCAUGACAGAGUUGCAUCAUCAAAUCCUGUGACCAUGUCCGUAAAUUGUGGUGGACCAAUCAGUGCGAUAGCUCAGAACAGGGAUGGAACACAGGUUGUGGUCGGGGGAAGGACAGUUUUUAAGAUCUACAAUGUGGAAGAUGACUGUUUUGAGGAGAAGUUUAACCUGCGUGUUGGCAAACAUGUCAACCUUAACUACUGUGCCCUUGACAUUGCAUGGAAUAACAUUGAUGACAAUCUACUGGCAACCGGGGCCACAAAUGGCGCAGUUGUGCUUUGGGACCUGAACAAACCAACUCGCUGUAAACAAGAGCAUGUGUUUACGGAGCACAAACGGACGGUUAACAGAGUUUGCUUUCAUGAGAGUGAGCACAGAUUUCUGUUGAGUGCCUCCCAGGACGGACAGAUGAAGCUACAUGAUAUUCGUAAGAAGGAAGUAGUUCUAAACUUCACGACGGGCAGUACGAGUGUCCGCGAUGUUCAGUGGUGCCCGUCACAAAUCAACUACUUUGGUUUUGCCGCAGCAGAUGAAGCUGGCACACUCAUGAUUUGGGACAUGAGAAGGCCAGACAAAGUAGAGAAGCAGGUUACGGCCCACAGUGGACCUGUGUUCGCCAUAAACUGGCAUCCCGAGGACAAAAACUGGCUCGCAACUGCCGGCAGGGACAAAAUGAUCAAGAUCUGGGAUGUCCCGAAGUCCAAAUGUCUGCACACUAUACACAGUAUUGCCUCCCUUGCCCGCAUCCGAUGGCGACCUCAACGGAAAUUCCAUAUCGCAUCGUGCUCCCUCCUCGUUGAUUGCAGCAUCAACAUAUGGGAUAUAAGGAGGCCCUACGUGCCAUUUGCUACAUUCGACGAUCAUAAAGAUGUCACAUCAAGUCUGUUGUUUAAGAACAAGGACCCCCACGUGAUGAUUAGCGGUAGCAAGGAUUCCAUGUUGAGUCAACACGUGUUUCGGGAUGCCAAAAGACCAGGGGAGGACCUGGUUCCCUCUGGACUUGACCUUAGUGUACAUGGCAUGGUCGGUCAUGCAAACAGCGACAGACAGGGGAAGCUGUCUGAGUUCCAUCCCCAGUCGUCGUACUUCAGCAAGCGUACCGGGGACAAGACGGACCAUUUUGUGGAUGUGAUUCCGUACAUGCAGGAGUUCUCUAAUACUGGCCAGGUACAACCAGUCGAGAAUCUACAAAGUUGGGUUGAGACUGCCAAAGAGUACGAGUUGGUUGGAAAACCUGUGGAUGAAUUGUGUCGACACAAUAGUAAAGUGGCGGCCAAUUUGGACAGACAUCAGGUUGCCCAGGCCUGGUUAACAGUGCUGACCUUGUAUAGCAUGUACAGCGUCUCGGAAACCAAGGUGUACAGUCAGAAUAGAACAUUUUCUGUUCUCUCCUCUACUACUCAAGAUAAGUCGGAGCUAGAAAAAGCUCGUUUGAACAAGGAUGCCAAGGUGGAAACAGACAUUGAGGAGAAAGUUUUGGAUGGAACUUCCGGAAAUUCAGAUGAAGAGACAGAUGACCGUGAAAUGUUUGACACAAAACUGUCAAGUAUCGCCCGAGGCCAAGUGAACCCAGACUGGGACAUCCUGUUUCAAGACGGCGAGCCCGGGGGAGGGGACGACUUUUCCUACCUAGAGGGACCAGCCCUUAACAAGAUUAAAGAUUGGCAGCUGCCAUCAGAAGCAUUCCACCCACGGCAUGAGAUUCAUGAUCGUGAAGCCCCGUUAGAACCCCUGCAGUCUAACUACAGUCAUGUAGGCUCCACGGUUGAGAGUGACCAGGCCAAUACAGUAGUCAACAAGAGCUCAGGAGAGGGUAGUGGUAUGACAAGCCUUAUGGUGGACAUGGCCAUGCUGGAGACUGGAGACUGGGAGUUUGCUAAUAUAGUUGUAGAUAUGUUGACAAACAUGGCUGCCGAGGGAGAUGUGCAGACCCCAGUCAGCAUGUUGAUAGUUUUAAAGGACAAGCUCCGACAGUAUGUGGACACUGAUCUACAAGAAGACUGGUUCCUCUCAUACAUAGAACUUCUGGGCAGGUUUAAACAGUGGACUAUAGCCAACUUUAUCAUCAAGAUGAGCAAGCUUCCGUCUGUGUCCAUGCUUAAUCAACAAUCUACCUCGAUACACGUCAACUGUAACAUGUGCAAUAGACCCCUUGCUAGAUCUGGAUGGCUGUGUGAUCGCUGCAAGGCAAUUAUAAACAGAUGCUGUAUAUGCUCACUGCCAGUAAAAGGGAUGUUUCUGUGGUGUCAGGGUUGCUCCCAUGGUGGUCAUAUUCAACACAUGAAAGACUGGCUGUCAAGAAACAUUGAGUGUCCCACUGGAUGUGGCCAUGUAUGCGAAUACACUUGAUUUUUUUUAAGAAAGCAUUAUGUGCUCCACAUAUGGAAACACUUCAUUGGCUUUUAAGAAAUAUUGAGUGCCUCAUUUGAGGUUGCAAUUAGUUUGCAAUUAGUGUGCACUUAAAAGGUUUCACAAAAUAUUGGGCACACCACAUGUGAAUUUCCUUCAUUGGCUAUUGAAUAAACAUUGAGUGCUGCACAGGAUGUUUAAGUACAAGUAAGUAUACUUGAUAGUUGUCAAGAAACAUUGAAUGCCCCUUAUUUGAACAUGACCCAUUUGCUUCCAAAAUUUUUUGAAUAGAGGCUGCAAUAUACAUGUAUAUGUGAAUAUGAUAGAUGGCUGUUUGGAAACACUGAGUUUGUCAUAUGUGAUUUCAACUUCUUGGGCUCCAUAAAGAACCAUUGAGUGCUACACUGGGGGUUGUCAUAUAUUUGAGUGUACUGAAUAUCUGUUGGGAAACAUUCCAUAGGUCAUAUGUGAGCUCAACUUAUUUGGUUAUAACAAGAACCGUUGAGUACUCCACAGGGUGUUGCCAUAAAUGUGAAUACUCUUGCAUGGAUUGCUUUAUAUUUGAGUAUAUUUGAUUGGCGACCAAGGAACGUUGUAUGCCUAAAUACCCAUUGAGUUUACCGUACUUAAAAACACUUCAAAACUGCCAAGAACAUCUCGAUUAUCUGUCAAGAAGAAGGGAACUCUUCAUAAGAAGUAAUCUUACAUCAGAAAGUUUUGCCCACAUUUUAUGAUCCAAUCAAUCAAUCUAACCAUAUAUAUAAUAUAUAUAUAUAUAUAUUGUGUAAAAUUAUAAGUUACUUUAGUCAGCAAGCAAUUACCUUUUAAUUGAUUCCAAAAUUAAAUGGGGUCACUAGAAAUAAAAAACAAACAAACAACAAUAAUUAUGUUAAUGGUACAUAUCUGUAAUUAACCAUUGAGUGGAACUGCAUUGGAAACAUAUAUAUACACAUGUGUUUAAAAUAAUAUGUGGUAUAUACCUUGUUCCUCAUAUUAUGAUGUUAUCUAUUGAGAUGAAGCACAUUAAAGUUCAGAAAGAUUAAAAUGAAUACAAGGGCGGACCCAGGAGGUGGCGUAACUUAGGGGCGUAACCUUUUGACCUGCGCCCCUCUCUCAGAACGGAAAUCUAUAUAGUUUAAAGUAUAAGCAGGGGAUGCUUCCCCUAGAAAAUUUGAACAAAAUUUUGUCCAAAAUAGUGCAUUUUGGGCAUAUUUUAUUACCUUUUUACUCCUUUAUUGAAGUUUAAAUAAACUUUUUGAGGGGGGGGGGGAGGGCUUUGCGCACUCAUGAUGUGAGAGGAUUAUUAAUGGCAGCUUUUCCCCCCAUUUAAUUGUGUUAAAAUUUUGUUUAUAUAUUGCUUACACCCCUGUGUUAAAGUUAUGUGUUGUUGCUUGCUGUUAUCAUAAUGAUUGUACAAAUUGUGUGAAUAUGAUUAUGUAUACAUGCAUAUGUAUCUGUACUACCAAUUCUAUAUCUUUUUCAACUGUUGUACUGAAAUGAGUAAUUUUAUUUUUCAUUAUUGUUUUCCUUCAAACUUGAAUUUUAAGACUUAUUUGAGUAUCUUCAGGGGUUUGUAAGUUCAUGAUUGAUCCUAAAAACACUAUUGAGAGAAUUUAUCUUCAGACUAUUGAACAGUUGUAAAGGAUUGUUUUUUGGCUUGGAUAUUUGCAUCCAAAAAACAGUAGGAAGUACCUUGAAAUUAAUAUGAAUUAUGUAGAAAACAAUUUCUUAAGAGGUCUAAGCCCCUUAACCCUGCCCCUAGCUAUUUUUUCAGGAUUUACAACUGUCAGCUAUUAUAACCCUUGUAUCUUGAACUGGUUUCUUCAUUACUAAAGAACCGAUUUAUAGCCCAUUGAAUGGAAUCAACCACAAUUUUCAUGCUUGUUACCUUAGAGCUGCACUCUUACUCCCAAAUAAGAUUUACCAGAAUCAAUUCAAAUGUUUUGAUGUACCAAAAUAGAUGAAUAAAUGUCGAAAACAAUGGUUCUUAUGAAGGAUACCGAGUUUAAUUUGAAAGAAUGGUGCAGAAAAUACGGUAUGAGAUGAUAGUUGAUCACUAUAAAUAUUUUAGCACUCACCAAUCAUUUAAUAUUUUUGCAUGUUCAGCUAUUAAAUACUUGGUUUCAAUUUUGUUAUCAGUAAUAAAUAUUUUUCAUAAAUACACUAUUUAGUAAGUAGUUAAUGGUUUAUCACUCAAAGUUUAUGAUUGUAAUACAUGUGUAUGUAUUGAUUUUCAAUGAGAGUGUCACUUUAAUUUUGAACUUUGAUUUUUUGUUGUUGUUUUUUUAUAUAUGAAUAAUCACUUAAUGUCCUGCCCUAAGAGACAUAGUAGAGGCUCUUCAAACAUGUACAAAAUGUUAAACAAUGUUUAGUUUGAUGUUGAGAUCAACUUUUCUCUAUAGUUAAUACUGUCAAACUUUCAGCAAUCCAUGGAGUCUGUAUUGUUGUAGGUUAAAUGACACAGAAGAACAUAUUCCUGGGUAUUCAUAAUUUAUGGGCCUUUGUUUACACUGUAUAAAUGCAUGUAGGUAUCUGCCUGACAAUGCUUCAAAGGGGGGCAUUUGUCAUGUUCCUGUGACAGAUCUUUUAUUGCUAGUACAUGGUACAUAGUUUGAAUGCUCAUUUUAAAUGCACAAGAAUGGAACUUGUGCAUUAUUCCAUUGACGAGUAAUUGUCACAUGCAUGUUGACCAUUAAAUUCCAAUAACAUUAAAAAUACAGUAAUUUCUAGGUUGUAUUCAAGGCACAUGCCUACUAACAACAACAAUGCUAUAACAAUUGGUACGAUAACGAUGGUUGCUCCAGACAAGCGACAUAUUUGAUUCUUGGAUUUCUAGAUUAUAAUUGUAAAUAGUGUUUAUGGGAUGUCCAAUAGUAUGUCACUGCUCACCUUUAUAUAGAGUAAAUUUAUUUCACAUUUAUGUCUAAAAGUGGUAUACAAUAUGCUUUUCUGUAUUUGUUUUUUUUUAUAUUUUGCUCUAUCUGUGAUAUUUGUUUUAAAAAUAAAAAAAGUACA